AUGGAUGAGCCGGUUAAUGAGUUCGAACAACUGGACGAAGUCGCAAUCGACAUGGUUGUUUGGGUGAGAAACCUGUUCGAAGUCGACUAUGGUGAGCUUGAGAUUUAUGAUUAGAAAGGAAAAAAUAACCGCAAGCCAUUAUUUCAUAACCAUUAAAAUAAUAUUUUCCGUAUACUAUUCAAUAGAGGGUACUGUCAAGAACUGUAAUACCUUUAGUUUUUGAAUAAGAAUCCGCUAAGAAAAAAAAUGUAGCCCAUAAGUAGCACGUGCCCCGUUCAACUGGAGGCUUGAGCUCAACGUUUAUCCGCUUCCGCACGCUUUUUUUUCAAAUUCAUUUCGCGGAUUUCUGAAUAGAGUUCAUUUUCUGAUGCACAGCGUAAAGUAGACUGAGGUAAAUAUAAUUGCAAACUACAUAAUUUUUAUAAAUUUCGCAUAAGAUCAAUUCAAAAAAAGUAAUAUAAAUGUUAGAAACUUCUGAAAAUAUCUUAUUUCAAAAAUUAAUUAUUACAAAAUGUUUCAAUAAGUCUCCCAUAACUACGUGGACGAGAAAAAAUGACUACAUUGUAUUUGGAAAAAGAAAAAAAAAGCGAUUUAACCCGUUUUCAGGUGUAAAAAUAUUAGAAAGCAUUCUGGAACUCUCGUUAAACUUUUGAAGAGGCGGCUUUACCACAAAUGCGUUCAAUGUCUUGUAAACCUUUUUCGUUGAUUUACUAAAUAAUAACUAAGAAAGAGCUCUCAAUAAAUUCCCAAAAAAAAACGUGAAAAAUUGAGAAUAAUCGAAACUUAUCAAAGCUUAGAUCAUUUUAAUAUACAAAAUGAAAUCGAAGUUUUUUUUUAUCAUGAACGCCUGAAAAAGAUUUUCAUGUGAUUGGAGUUACACAAAGUUUGAAAUUUUCAGACGAGGCUCAGUUUGACAAUCUGAGAGACUUGAUCCGCCAAGGAGAUCUUCUGGAGUUCUUUCGCCAUUUUACAAUUGGCUUGUACAAUCUCGUUCAUUUUGGAAACUCUCACGGUAACGAGGAAGCCAACAGGCAGAUCGAGCUGCCUAUCAAUGGUUAGUUGGAAACUUUCGAGCCUUUUGGCCUUUUUUUUGUUCUGAGGGGCUUCAAAAAAACGGAGCGAUGUAUUAUAAAACUUGGACUUUUUUGGAAGGUUAGCCACACAAAAACUGCGCUUGAAAAAUUGCAAAAAAAUUGAAUAAUACGUUUUGGAAAAAAAGAAUCUUACCAGGCUGAUGAAUACCAAACAAAUUUUGAAUAAAAAAAGGUGGAAGUUUCAUUUUUUUCCAUUUUCAGCUAGGCCACUCUUCUAAAAAUUCAAAAAAAUUUUUAAAAAGCCUUAAUACGCAGAACCCUUCAGCUUCCAAGUCGAUCAAAUUUUUAGAAUAUUUUUUUGACUACAGUCUAAAAAUAAAUUUGAUCGUGAGAAGGCUUUCGUCGUCACUUUGACCAAUUUUUUUUCAAGUCAAAUAAUUUUCAACUGUAAAAACCCAUAAAAAAACAUUUUUUUAUUUCAAGAAGGUCAGGAGGUCGCAAAUGUUGUUCACCAAAACCCAGUUGAAGAUACAGAGCUGCCAGAUGUUACCGAAGAAAGUGAGUCAAUCACUAAAUACCAUAUUCGAUACAAGGUUCUUAAAAUGUUUAUAAAUUUCAGAUGCCGGCUUGUAGACUCCACAGAAAUAAAAGGAUUUAAAGAUCAUCGGAUUUUGAAACUUUGAAGUUGUACUUUUCGAAAUAUUUCUUGUUAACUCCUUUUCUGAUGUUAUUUUUUUGAUAGUUUUAAUUUUUUUUAUUGGAAAAAAACUUAAUCUAAUAGAAAUCAUUUUUUUAUGACAAUUUCUUUGUUAUUUUUUUUAUGAAAGGUUCAGUAAAAUUUCCUUUCCUCUUGUUUUGAACUUCUUUUUGAGACCCAGUGAGAAAUGUGGAAAAAAAUGGCAAGCCUACGUUAUUGUCUUGAGAAACAACACAAUUUGACCUCUUCUGAGAGUUUUUAGCCCGCGAAAAUUUCCGACAAGGUUUGGCGAUUCCGCGGUCUCAGCGGUCUCAGCGGUCUCAGUUUUUCUUCAUUAUUUUUUUAUUGUUCGAGGUUUAUCAAUAAAUGUAAAUUCUUAUUUUCAUUUUUUUUUUAAAUUAUUCAAAUGUUAAUGACCAUUUCCUACUGACGAUUUUGUCCAUGUUUUUCUUUCAUUUGAGAUAUAUUUCCUAAAUUUCAACCUCAGAAAUAAAUUUAAAUUCUUUGCGAGCAAAUUCGUCGUCAAAGUACAAUGUUGUUAUUAUCUUUACCAAAAAAAUAAUUUUUCUUCACGGUUCGUGGUUUUCUUAAAACCAUUCGAAAAAAGUUGCACUUUUUAGUGAAGAUAUGACUCUGCAGGUGUGACGGUAAUUCUUUUGAGCUGCGUCUCUAACCGUUUCCGCUUGUCUCACACUCUGUAAAUGAGGCGAUACUCCAGCAAAGACGGCGAAAGUGCCAUUGCAGGGGCUCGAAGUUUUUCAAACUUCUAAAAAGUUUUAUAUAUUUUUUUCAAUAAGGAAACAAAAAAUUGUUGUUUUCAGCUAUUGUUAUACUGUAGAUAGCUCAAAUGGUUUUUUUUAAAUAGUACAAAGCAAGUUCAUGAAGACAGCGUCAUUUUCUCUAAUGCAAAGUAAAGUUUUAUUCUUUGCAAAAAAAUAAAAGAGUAUUCGACAAAUUACUCGAACUUUCGGAGUUUUCAAAAGGCUCUACGGGUCUAUUGCGGCACCUUUAAUUUCACCUUGAUUGUUAUAAAGUGAAUAAGGUUAAAUGUUUCCUACUCAUCCAGAAAUAUUCUUCUCCAGCGCAAUGUGGUCUUUUUCAAACUAUUCUUUGAGACAUUCUGUGGCAGCAGAUGUUGGUUAUUCAGUCCUUUACCGACAUUCUCUAAACAAGCACAUGUUUUUGUACGCGUCCACCUAGCAUUCGUUUUGUUUAGAUGCAAUGCGAUUGACCCAUCAACUUGGCCCUCAUCCCUGUUUGUCUCAACAGUCCGUUUGACAACUUUCAGCCAAAAAUUGAAGUGAAUCUGGAUUGCUUGGCCGUGACUCUGCGUUUUAUAAAUUAUAUAAGUCUGUAUGAGACGAUCUGAACACUUAGUUUUUUUUUGGUUUCUUUUCUCUGCUUCUUGGAGAUAUUAGAUCUGAAGAUUUAAAGCAGUUUUGUAAAACACUUUUUUUUAAUUUUUCGCAUUGGUUUGGUUCUGUAAACGUCUCAAAAUAUUUUCAUAAUUCAAAUGAAUCAGAAUGAUUUCUAAAGAAGCAGGCCUCUUUUUUCUAUUGUUUGGCGGAAGAGGGCGAUUUUUUUCUGACUUUUUUCUGACCUCUAUACUCUUUUUGCAGUAAUUCGAAUUUUUUCGUCACAUUUCAAGUUUUACGCAACAUCCAAUUUCAUUUUUGCGUCAUUUUUUGUUGAGCCUUUUUCGAGAAACUUAUAAAACUUUUCUUUCACAGAUACUUAUCGAAUGUCACAAGACGAUAUUGAACGUUUCACUAACCUCAUGCAGUCCGUCACUCUCCGAGAAGAUGGGGAUAGGCAAGGUGAGCCUGGUUUCUAUUCGGAACUUUCGAAUUUCUUUUCACGAAGUCUUUUCUUUCAAAUUUUUGAACUUCCGGAUUUCUCAACAUUCUUACUAUUUUUCAAGUUGACAAUCGUAACACUUUCUCUGAGCCGAUUUCUGGUGCUGCGCGUCUCGCGAACCAAGCUCUCAUAACAAGUAAGUAGAUGAAGCAAUACUUCCUAGUCUUGCUCUUUCGGAUAUGUAUCGAAAAUUGUUUUAAAAGUCAUUUCCGAGUGCGGUCCGCGGCCGACGUCCUUCGUUAUCAGCGAUGUAACUAUUUCCACGAAAGCAGAUGGCCUGACUUAUCAGGUCGAGGUAUGGACCUAAUAGUCAAAAAGAGUAAGCAGAUAAUUUACCAGAAGAAGUACCAAGUCAUUUAUAACAAGGAAUCCUAUUCGACCUUAGACGACGAUGUUCUGCACAUCCGCUACUUUUGGGUGCGUUUUUUAGAUUUCAAGACAAUUUUUUUCGAGCACAAGAAUUGUUUCGAUGCGUAGCGGUUAUUUUAUAAAAGAGACAAAAAAACUUGAAGGAAACAGAAGUUAAAAAACCGGCAAAGUUAAUUUUUCAACUGCAAUAUUUUAACUAUCCAACUUAAAAUGUAAAGCUCUGAGAUUUCCCUUUGAAUGUGAUCAGAGUAGUGAAGAUUUAAUUACAAGUUUACAUCGCACUUCAAAAAUUUGAGCUCCAAAAGUUUCAGCCUCACAAAACAGCCCUGGAUAUUUUAGUCUUGGGAUUUUAGUCUAUCCGUGUGGUUAAGCCUUUUUUGAUUUCAGUACUUUUGACAUUACUCGCAACAAAGAGGCGCAUGAAGGCGGAAUUUUACAUAGCAAAACAUUUCAAUAUAAAUCUCUGCGCUUGGUUUUUCUAGAGUUUUCUCAAGGAGAACUGAUUGUUUCAAGACUGAGAAUUCUUCUGGUUCUGAGCUGAAUUUCUUUUGCCAAACCUCUUUUGCUAACGAAAUUCAAGUUGACUUUCAAGUGUCCUUCAAAUUAUGAACGUUUUGAUUUCAGAAGCCGGAAUACGCGCUCGUGAGCUUGGAAGAGAAGAUUUGCUCUCAAUAA